CUGGUGCACAGUUGCUGACUCAGCUGGUCCAAGCUCCAGCAGUCUGUGCCUUAGUGCAAAGCUGGGAUCAGAGAGCGGGACAUGACGGCCAUAAGUGUGCAGAUGCAGAAGGCUGUCCAUCCUCAGCCUGGUUCCAGGAUGUUCUUUGAGACGUUCCUGCGUGUCCUGAUCACCAUCAGUGUGGCUCUGGCAGUGGUUCUAUCGUCCAUCUCAGUAUGUGAUGGUCAGUGGCUCUCUUACAAUGGAGAACGUCUCUUUGGAGUGUGGGACAUCUGCCGAAACGGUGUUGAAAUACAGUGCAGUCUGGAACUGGUUGGGCUGAGCCAUGGGAUGGUGGCGGUCCGCAGCUUGGUUUCCUUGGCUGUGGUUGUAGCUAUUUUUGGGCUGGAGCUGCUAAUGGUUUCCCAGCUAUGUGAGGAUGGUCUCUCCCGUAAGAAGUGGAAAUUGGGCUCAGUACUUCUGCUUGCAUCUUUCCUGUUGGCCUCUGCUGGAACUCUGACUUAUGUCCUUCUCCUCAAGGAGUACAUUGCGCUGAGCUCUUUCACACUCACAUUCUGGUGUCAGUUCCUGGGUGUUUUCCUCUUCAACUUAAAUGGAAUAAGUGGCUUGUACAUAAAUCGUCUGACGGCAUGAAUACCAGAAGUAAAACUCUCCUUUGGACGUUAUGAUGUCAAAACUUUGCACUGAUGUAGAACCCUUAUUUUCGUAUACUGCUCAGCAAAUAGAUUUUACAUUUUGAACAUGUUGUCUUUUUAAUAUAACUUUUUAAUAUAUGAAGAAUGUUAAUGCUGGUUAUGUCUGUGUGAGACGGCUUAUGGAAUGCUGAACCCUAGUAUUAAGGAAAUAGGAUAUAAAGAUUACCACUAAUGUUGCUCUGCCACACACACUGUCUUUAUACGCUUAUAGACUUCUUAUCUAAUCUAGAUCAUUAAACAUUAUCAUACACAUUUGUGCGUAGAUUCUGCAGCAAACAAAAAAAAUACACCUUUUUACCUUUUCAGUGUUGCAGUGCAAUAUAAAAUGUGACUUAUCUGAUAUACUUUACCUUAAAGUAAUAUAUCCUGCACAUGUACAUAUUUUUAUCUUAAAGUUAUCAGAAUGAGUAAGUUGUCUAUAACAUAAUUACAUUUAUUGUCUAACAGGAAAAGAGAUCAUUUUGCCAAAAGAACAAUCACUGUAAUUAGUUAGUUCUGUAGUUGUUGGAAAAUAAAAGAUGGAAAAUAAGAGUUCUUUCAAUUUA